GUGUCGCGGUGGAGGCGGCGGCAGCAGCAGCAGCACCAGCACCGGAACAAAAAGCGGAGUCACUGCGCCGUGUCUUCCCCUCGCCCCCCUGCAAUGUGAGGAAAGAAGUGCCGUGACCGCCGCUGCGUGAGCCGCUCGACCGUCGGCUUCUGCCACGGAAGGGGGCAGUCCCGCCGCCCCCUCCCCGAUCCUCCUCACAAUUCGGACGAGGCAGGCGUCUCCGUUCACCACCGCCCGCCCUGCCCCCCGGAAAGCUAUGAGCCAUGAAGCCGCCUGGCAGAAGUUCUCUGCGGCAGCCCUUUUCUGGCAGCUGCCGGCACCGCCGAUCCUCUAACGCUCCCUUCUCAGCCUGCCUGGCGCGGCUGCCUCUGCUCAGCUUCUUCCACUUCCAUCGCUUCCUUUUGGCAUUCCUACUGUUCUGCUCGGGACGCCCAGAGAACUGUGGGGUCAUUGCGGACACCGCUAUGCAUUGGAAUGAAACUUUGGAAAAAACAGAAACCAUCCUGGCAAACAAGGACACUGCAUUUCAACAGACUAACAGUAGCAGUAGCAAAAAUAACAGUUACAGCAGUGCAUUCCAAAAAGAAAUCACAUUGCCUUCAAGACUUGUCUAUUAUUUGAACAAAGACUCUGAAAGUCCCUACCAUAUUUUGGAUACUAGGACAAGACACCAGCAAAAACACAAUAAGGCUGUGCAUCUAGCUCAGGCAAGUUUCAAGAUCGAAGCCUUUGGUUCUAAGUUUAUUCUUGACCUCUCACUGAACAAUGAUUUAUUAUCCUCUGAUUAUGUAGAAAUUCAUUAUGAAGACGACAAACCACAAUAUUCAAAG